AUGUGUCAGUCAGUUGCAGCGAGUCCUCUUCGGUCAUUCACAUACAUCACCCAUAUAACAACAACAAACCGUACAGUUUCCUUUAACCCCCCCAAACAUGGACCNAGUUGUGGAGCUCGUCAAAAUGUCCAUACUAAACCUACAAAUACACUGUGGUUUAAGGAUUUUGCAUAUACAGGAGGCAUACCUGCUAAUUCGUCAGCUCCAAGUUUUAUCACUCCUCCGCUUAAAACACUUCGUUAUUUUCCUCUAUCUGAAGGUCCUGAAAAUUGCUACAUUAUUAACAGAGUGCCAAAGGGACAUUACAAUGUGAGGGUCUUCUUUGGAUUGGUUAAACUGCCUAAUUUUGACACUGAACCUCUAUUUGACAUAUCUGUUGAAGGCACCCAAAUUUAUUCCUUGAAAUCAGGUUGGAGUGGCCAUGAUGACCAAGCAUUUGCUGAAGCCCUUGUGUUUCUUACAGAUGGCACUGUCUCUAUAUGCUUCCAUAGCACUGGUCAUGGAGAUCCAGCGAUCCUUGCACUUGAAAUUCUUCAAGUUGACAGUAAAUCAUAUUAUUUUGGUCCAGAGUGGGGUGAGGGGGUUAUCCUCAGAACAGUUACAAGACUGAGUUGUGGUAAUGGGAAGCCAAAGUUUGAUGUAGAUUAUAGUGGGGAUCACUGGGGUGGGGAUAGAUUUUGGAGUCCCAUUAAAACUUUUGGUCAGAAUUCUGAUCAAAUCAGGUCUACUGAAACUAGCAUCAAACAGAAUGCAAAGGCCCCGAACUAUUAUCCAGAAGCUCUUUAUCAAACUGCUCUUGUUAGUACUGAUAGUCAGCCAAAUUUUGCUUAUACGAUGGAUGUGGAUCCGAACAGAAACUAUUCAGUUUGGUUACACUUUGCAGAGAUUGAUGACUCAGUCAGGAGUGCAGGGAAAAGGGUAUUUGACAUCCUGAUAAAUGGUAAUAUUGCAUUUCAGGAUGUGGAUGUUGUAAAAAUGAGUGGGGGUCAGUAUACAGCACUUGUGCUUAACACAACUGUUCCUAUUAAUGGGAGAACUUUAACAAUCACUCUGCAGCCUAAGGGAGGAAGUCAUGCCAUAAUCAAUGCCAUUGAGGUCUUUGAGGUUAUAGUUGCUGAGUCGAAAACUUUGCCAGAAGAAGUAAGAGCUUUACAGACAUUGAAGAAUUCAUUGGGGCUUCCUCAUAGGCUGGGUUGGAAUGGUGAUCCUUGUGUUCCCAAACAACAUCCAUGGAGGGGGGCAGAUUGUCAAUUCGACAAAACUAGCAACAAAUGGGUCAUUGAUGGACUUGGUCUUGACAACCAAGGUCUGAGGGGUUUCUUGCCAAUUGAUAUAUCCCGUUUGCGUCAUCUACAAAGCAUAAAUUUCAGUGGAAACAGCAUUCGUGGAGCUAUUCCAUCCUCAGUCGGAACAAUUGCUAGCUUAGAAGUGCUGGACCUCUCAUACAAUUUCUUAAAUGGAUCAAUUCCUGAAAGCCUCGGACAGCUGACAUCAUUACGUAGAUUGAACCUCAAUGGCAACUCUCUGUCUGGAAGAGUUCCAGCUGCAUUAGGAGGAAGCCUUUUGCAUCAUAGAGCUAGCUUCAACUUUACUGAUAAUGCAGGUCUAUGUGGUAUACCUGGCUUACCUACAUGUGGGCCCCACCUUUCCACUGGUGCAAAGAUUGGCAUCGGAUUCGGUGUUCUCAUCAUUGUCUUGCUUCUUGUUGUCUGUUCAGUGGUUUGGUGGAAAAGGCGGCAAAAUAUUCAACGAGCACAGCAAAUUGCUGCAAGAGGUGCUCCUUAUGCAAAAUCAAGGACCCAGUUAUCGCAUGAUAUUCAGUUGGCAAGGCAUCAUUAUCAUCAUGGUGCUCGACAUGCUUCAGAGAAUGGACCUAGUUUGCUAUCAUGAAUUUAGAUUGACAAUUACUGACAU